UCAGCAAUUUCCACGUUGAUUUAACUAUUUUGACUUGCUUUGACUCACUUUGACGUGAAAUCUCUCGCUUUCUCUCCAAGCUGCUCUCUUUGGGUCACACCAUUUUCAUAAAUAAAUAAAUAAAAAAAAAAAACUACAAUGUCUCUUGAAGAGAAUUUCCAGAAAGCUGCUGAAGAUGUUAAAAAUUUAAAAGGCAAGCCAAGUGAUGAGGAUCUUUUGGAGAUUUAUGGCUACUAUAAACAAGCAACAAUUGGUGAUUGUAACACAGAUAAACCUGGUUUCUUUGACAUGAAAGGAAAAGCUAAAUGGGAAGCAUGGAACAAACUAAAAGGAUCAAGCCAAGAUGAUUCAAAAGAAAAAUACAUUGCAAAAGUUAAAUCUCUUAUUGAAUCAUUAGGCUUAAAUUAAAAAACUCCAUUACUCAAAAUAAUUAUCUCUUCAUAAUAAAUAUUAAAAGCACAAAAAAAAAUAACUUCAAAUU